AUGUCCUACCCGUAUUCAACUCUGUCGAUGCACCUCAGGCCAGUGACGCAGCUUGGCAGGUUGUCUCGGCGAGUCCGAGUCCUGGGGUUCCUGUUCCCUACUUCCGCUUUCCCUUGGCGACCGAGGCAGUCGGCAGUGGGAAGUCGUGUCCCCCGGGAGUUUCGGCCUCAGUGGCACGGUCAAGCCCCUGUGGCUCGUCGGCAAUUCGGCGCUCUAGAUGGCCACGCUUCACCUCAAGAACGACAGAACCCGGAGAGUGUCAAGUCGGUUCAGCGGGCAUGA